AUGGCGGAGCGUUACAUCCCAGAACACCGUCGCACCCAGUUCAAGGCGAAGAGCUCCUUCAAGCCAGAUGAGCUCCGUCGUCGCCGCGAGGAGCAACAAGUUGAGAUUCGGAAACAGAAACGCGAAGAGAACCUCGCAAAGCGGAGAGGUAUCCAGACUCGCGAUGGCGGUAUCGGUGUGGGUGGAGACUCUGCGCUCGGUGCUGAAGAUAGUGAUGAGGAGGGUGGAACCAUUGAGAGUGAGCUGAACGUCGAGCUCCCAGAGAUGGUCAAGGGUGUUUUCUCCGAUCAAAUCGAUUUGCAGAUUCAAGCUACCACCAAGUUCAGAAAACUUCUUUCCAAAGAACGGAAUCCACCUAUCGAGCGCGUUAUUGAAACCGGAGUCGUUGGCCGUUUCGUCGAAUUCCUGCGUUCACCCCAUACUCUAGUCCAGUUUGAGGCUGCUUGGGCGUUGACAAAUAUCGCUUCCGGAUCAGCACAGCAAACCCAGGUCGUCAUCGAAGCUGGCGCUGUUCCUAUUUUCGUUGAGCUUUUGAGUAGCCACGAACCCGACGUGCGGGAACAGGCUGUUUGGGCGCUGGGUAACAUUGCUGGUGAUAGUCCUCAAUGUCGUGAUUUUGUCCUUGGUGCAGGAGCUCUUCGUCCUCUCCUUGCCUUGAUUGGCGAUGGCCGCAAACUCAGCAUGCUCCGAAAUGCUACAUGGACGCUGAGCAAUUUCUGUCGUGGAAAGACUCCCCAACCUGACUGGCCAACGAUCCUUCCCGCUCUUCCCAUUCUGGCUAAAUUGGUAUACAUGCUUGAUGACGAGGUCUUGAUCGACGCUUGCUGGGCUAUUUCCUAUCUUUCGGACGGAUCGAACGACAAAAUCCAGGCCGUGAUCGAAGCAGGUAUUCCUCGUCGGUUGGUGGAACUGCUGAUGCAUGCCUCCACAUCUGUCCAGACCCCAGCGCUUAGAUCUGUUGGCAACAUUGUCACUGGUGACGACGUCCAGACCCAAGUGAUCAUCAACUGUGGCGCUCUUCCCGCCCUUCUCUCUCUCCUCAGCUCCACCAAGGACGGUAUCCGAAAGGAGGCUUGCUGGACUAUUUCCAACAUUACAGCUGGCAACUCUACCCAAAUCCAGGCUGUUAUUGAUGCCAACAUCAUCCCUCCGCUGAUCAACCUUCUGUCGAACGGCGAUUUCAAGACCAGAAAAGAAGCCUGCUGGGCCAUUUCAAACGCCACAUCGGGAGGUCUCCAGAAACCAGACCAAAUACGGUAUCUCGUGUCUCAAGGAUGCAUUAAGCCACUUUGUGACCUUCUUGCAUGCCCAGAUAACAAGAUCAUUCAAGUUGCUCUCGACGGCCUGGAGAAUAUUUUGAAGGUUGGAGAGAUGGAUAAAGAAGCGGCCCAGAUGGGUGAGCCCAGCGUGAAUCGCUAUGCCCUCUUCAUUGAAGAAGCUGGCGGCAUGGAAAAGAUCCACGACUGCCAGAACAACGCGAAUGAGGAGAUCUACAUGAAAGCUUAUAACAUCAUUGAACGGUACUUCUCGGAUGAAGACGAGACUGGUGCUGAUAUUGACGAACUUGCACCCCAACAGACACAGGCAGGCUUCACUUUGGGUACCAGCCAGCAACCAACCGGAUCCUUCAACUUCACCAACGGGAUAGAUAGUAUGGAUAUGUAAAGUGUCUUGUAUCAUGUCGAUACCUCUUCAACUGUUCUUGAGACAAUGGUACGAUCAGAAUUGACUCCUAAACGAUAAACGAUUUUCUUUCUGGACAACUCUCUUUCAGCUACAUUGGAGCUGAGACGAGAUUGACUGAUGGUUCACAUUUAGCCCUCUAAUUUUUUUCCGCCCUUUAACAUAGCCUUCCUGUUCCGCUGGCCCCAUGCUGAAAUUUUUGCAACUACACCACGUUAUACAAGAUUCACCGUCAUGUACUCCCCGAUCUCUAUCAGGCUGAUUUUGUCUUUCCCCUUUAUCAGACACUAAACAUUAUCGAGUUUACUCAAUUUUUCCCUUUCCAUUUUUCCCGGUUCCCCCUACCUUCACCAAGCAUGUUAAAUACACCGGCGUAUUUCCAUCAGUAUUUUCUCCCCAACGUUUCCCUUACGGUUCAAUCUAUUUGUUGUAACUCUUUC